AGUCGACAUUUCUGACGCGCCCCUAUGACGCACAACGCUUUCAUCCGGGUUCUGUGUGACGUGCACACUUUCCAACAUGGCGGCGUCAGCUAAGAAGACUAAGAAGAAGGGGAAGACUUUAACUCUGACAGACUUCCUGGCAGAGGAUAGCAAUGCUUCUGGACAGCAGGUUUAUCAGGCCCCAAAGCCCACGAGCUGGGCGGACGAGACUGACGACCUGGAAGGAGAAGUGUCCACUUCCUGGCACACCCCUGAGGAUUCGUAUCGUGCCCCACCCAUCGAUCGCUCCAUCCUGCCCACGGCUCCUCGUGCAGCCCGGGAGCCGAACGUCGACCGCUCACGUCUGCCUCGCAGCCCGCCCUACACCGCCUUCCUCGGCAAUCUGCCAUACGAUGUCUCUGAAGAGUCCAUCAAACAGUUCUUUAGAGGCCUGGCGAUCAGUGCUGUGCGCUUGCCGCGUGAACCCAGUAACCCUGAGAGACUGAAGGGCUUUGGCUAUGCAGAGUUUGAUGAUGUUGACUCACUGCUCCGUGCGCUAACACUCAAUGAGGAGAACCUGGGGAACAGACGUAUCCGUGUAGAUAUUGCAGAUCAGUCCAAUGAUAAAGAGCGAGACGGCGGUUCGAUGUCGGGGCGAGAUCGAGACCGUGGGCGUGGCGGUGACGGUGGUCCCGAUAAGACUGAUUCUGAUUGGAGAGCUCGUCCCAGCGGGGAGCAGGACGACGGGCCGCGCAGAGACGAGGGCUUUGGAGAGAGGUCACGUGAUCGCUUCGACUCGGAUCGGUUCCGGGAUGGACCUCGGCGUGACGAUCGCUACGGCGGUCGUGAUCGCUACGAUGACCGGGAACGCUAUGACGACCGAGGGGGCAGGGACUAUGACCGCGGGGGUUACGACUCCCGUGGCGGCGGGCGGCGGGCGUUCGGCAGCGGCUACAGACGCGAUUACAACGAUGACCGGCGAGAUGGAGAUCGCUAUGGAGAAGAACGCUACGAAAGACGUGACGACAAACGUGAAGAGAGAGCAGCUCCUACUCAGAGGCCCAGACUGAACCUGAAACCUCGCAGCGUCCCAAAAGAGGAGGAACAGAGCGGGGGUUCGUCUCCUCAGGCGAACCCGAGCCGAUCCUCAUCUAUAUUCGGAGCGGCGAAACCUGUGGACACGGCGGCCAAGGAGAGGGAAGUGGAGGAACGUCUCAAAAAGGAGCAGGAGAAACUGCAGAGGCAGCUGGAAGAGGACAAGCCCAGACCCCCAGACAGAAGACCUCGAGACCGGGACCCGAGCUGGCGCAGCGAGGCGAGUAGCAGCGAUCACGAGCACACAGCCAGUGAAGCCACACACCAUGGAGGUUCUAAGCACCAUGACCUUGAGGAUUUAGAAAAUAAAGCAGAUGAACCCAUCUCUCCUGGGUCCCGCGCCCCAUUGUCCCCCAGUCAGGGAGCUCUGCCGCUGAAGGUGAUGCCUGCUCCUCCGCCAAAGGAGAACGCCUGGGCAAGAAGAAGCACAGGGGGCGGAGCUAACACCACAACUUUAACUGCAACCAGCAGUGGCGAUGUAGCUCACAAGGGGAGCAGCUCCUCAAGUUCAGACGAGCAUGUGUCUGGUAAAGAUGAGAAUUGGUUGGACGGUGUAGGACGGGAGAAAGGCGUGUCUCACGGACAAGGGGGCGGGGCAGUGAGAGGAGCAGGGCGGGGUCAAGGAGCUGACCGCGGAGGAGGGGAUGGACCUAACAAAGACAGAAGACAAGAUUCAACAGACAAGAAGGAGAGCAGGCGAGAGCCCAGACCUGCACCAGAGCCAAAGAAGUUUGAGGAUACUGUAGCUCCGAAAUUCAGCUCAGCCAGUAAGUACGCUGCUCUGCUGAUGGACGGUGAGCCGGCAGAGGGGAACGAUGCUGGGGAUUAAACAAGAAGAAAGAAAAGAAGAGUAAACACAAAUGUGGAUGAUAUUGAAAUAAAAUAAUGAACAAA